AUGACCCCUCAGACAGGACCAGUUGUUGCCAUUGCCGGUGCCACCGGGCAUCUCGGCAAGCAUGUCACCAAUGCCUUUCUAUCCUCUGCAUUCUACGACAAGUUCUCCGAGAUCGUCCUCUUAUCGAGAAAGGAGCCGAGUCGUCUUCAACCGUCCGAAGUUCGGGCCGGUGUCAAGGUAACAACCCGGGCCUAUAACGAAGACAACCUGGAAGACGCCCUGCAAGGCGUCAACAUCCUUGUUAAUACAAUCGGACCUGAAGGCCACGGCUUCAAAACCAAGAUUGCAGCCACAUUGCCUCGGACCGGUGUCCAGGUAUAUUUCCCAUCGGAAUUCGGAGUCGACCAUUACGGGCACGAUUUUGCCCACUUGGAAUGGUAUGAAAAGAAGAAACAUCUCGCGAAUGCGCAGCCGGUCGUAACGCACAUGAAAAUCUGCCGAGUAUUCUGCGGCUUAUUUCUAGAAGACAGCAUCGGCCCGUGGUUUGGUUUAGAUACAAGGAAUGGGAAAUAUACCAGCGUGGGGCCCCCGCACUCGCCGAUCUCUUUCACGGCUCUCCAAGACGUCGGCAAAACAGUUGCAUCGCUGGCGACUCUACCCGAGGCAGAUAUUCCUGACAUUGUUCAUCUGGCCGGCGAUACUCGCUCCAUUGCUGAGGUGGCGUCCAUCAUGCAGGAUGCGGGAGCGGGGCAAAUUGAUGUGGCGGAGAUUCCUUACCAGGCAUACAAGGCGCAGACAACGUCAGAAGCCUCGUGGGACCCUGCCGCUUACUUGCGUUUCUUGAUGGGGGAUGGGAAUAUCAAUCAUUCCUCUGAUGGCUUGGGAAAUGAUAAUGAGCUGGUCAACCCGGGUCAGCGGCUGUGGAAGUGGAAGACUUUAAAGGACUUGGCGAAUGAGACCAAGGGCCGGCCUUGGAAAGACACUGUUUGGCCUCCCAAGUAG